ACACGUACGUGCGCGCGCACGUCUCUGUCCAGGACUGGCACAUUCCACCUUAAACUGCGCCUCUAGUCAAACUUUUGCCUGUAACCGUCCGCUCCACCUUAAGCGCACACGCAAACGCAGGAGGCUGUUCAACGAGGUUUCCGCUUCUCACUCAGGCUCGGACCGCGGCUCCAGAAAAACACCGUGGGUAAAAAAACGCACAAGGUUGACGCACUAAGAUAAGAGAGAGAAAAAAGCACCCGCAAGAAGAAAAGCGAGCCGGCCCAGACGGAGAGGAAAAGAUGUCGGAGUCCAAGUACCGCGAGUGGAUCCUGGACACUAUCGACUCGCUGCGGUCGCGGAAAGCCCGGCCGGACUUGGAUAGGAUUUGCCGUAUGGUCCGAAGGCGACACGGGUCCGAGCCAGACCGAACGUGCGCAGAACUGGAGAAACUGAUUCAGGAGCAGACGGUACUGAAAGUUAACUACAAGGGCUCCAUAUCCUACCGCAACGCGGCUAAGGUUCAGCGCAGGAGCCGAAAGAAGGACGAUGUUUCAGCGGCGUUAACGGCGGCUGCAAGGAGGAGCGCGGUGGAAGAAGCCAGUCAUUCUGACCUGAGCAACGGGGACAGCGCUCUGGGAGCCGCCGAGCAGGACGACGACGAGCUGGAGGGUGACCCCAUCAUGGCCAUGGACACGGACAGUAAUGCAGAUGAAGAGGGCGCUGAUGAGAGCCAGGACGGCCAGGACAGACCUUCCCCUAGUGGCCACACGUACGAAGACGCUGCCGUGCACUGUGUAGCUGUGCGAGCCGUCUCCGCUCCCUCCUCCCCCUCGGGCACUCGGCCUGCCCUGAACUCUGUGGCUGGUCCAGGCACGGGGCUGGACUGUGUCUCUUUCCAGAAGGCUGGUGAGAGGCCCAGCUCCUUGCCCCCCUCCAGCCCCAGGGCCCUCACAAACAAUGACUGGGCUUAUGAUUCUACAGUCUGCCCAGCAGAGCACCAGCACCCAGGAACACAGAAAGAGAAAGAAGCCGCCACAAAGCCAGCGGUCCAGCCUGUGACCAGCAGCCCCUCUGCUGUGAAGAACAACACAAAGAAAGAAGAUGGAGCCAAGGUGGAGGACAGCAGUCGUUUGUCUGACCAGCUGGUACCAGACUAUGCAGCACGUGUGGAGGAGAGCAAGAACGGCCCGGACGGACGACCACAGACUCUGUCUCCACCGGCUGACAACAACAGUCCGAUGAAAAAGAACUCAGACGAGUCACCUUUCAAAAAAGCUGAAGAGAGUCUGGUGAACGGUGACAAUGGUGAUGACGUUUCUGUGAAGAAGGAGAAGAUGAGCCAGAAUCUGUUGCAGUGGAGCGUGGCAGAUGUGGCCAGUUACUUCUCUGCUGCAGGCUUCCCCGAGCAGGCUGUGGCAUUCAGGACACAGGAGAUCGAUGGGAAGUCCCUUCUCCUAAUGCAACGCAGCGACGUGUUGACCGGUCUCUCCAUCCGACUGGGUCCCGCCCUCAAAAUCUACGAACGUCACGUGAAGGUGCUGCAGAGGACGCACUUCCUGGAGUACGAAGACCUCUGAGACGUGGAUGGCCAUCAGACAAACAGACAGAAAAUGCUGCAUUGACCCAAACAUGCAUGCAGAGCCCUCUCCCAUCUGGAUCCCUACCACACACCUCCAUAUACUGUAUAUGUGGGAGGUGAGUGGGGGAGAGGCUGUGGUGGAAUGAACUUUCACUGUGACAAUGACCAAGAAACUGAAAGACAGUCAUCCUACCUCUCAUCACGGUCCUUAGUUUUCACGCCGUUGCCAUUUCACCCAUGUGUCCAAAAUCUGCUUCGUUCAGAGUUUUGUUGUUCAACAUGGAGGAGCAGCGGCCUUCCCGCAGGAGGAGGUAUGGCCGAUGUAGCCGGUGAAGAGGAGUAGACCUUUCACCAAGUGCGCCACCUAUGGGCUGUAAUGUUUACAGACACGACGGUUGCAAAGUGUUGUCAAGGUUUUGGGUCCAUCGUACGAUGUUUAAGUUCAGUCGUCUUCAUUUUCAUGGUUUAUGCCACUUGCUGUUCAGAAACAGAUCAACGGCGUGCACAUGUGAUGUGCACGACCUCUAAAUGGAAUCAAAAGUGCUGCAGGAAGACAAAUGACCUAUGGACAAAAGUCAGACGCCUGAGUCAUUGGGUCACCAGUAGCUGCAAAUGUUAGUUCACGUUUGUCUGAGAGUUCGCUUCAAGAUAAUGCCUCCCCUGGUGGCUGUGGAGGGAAUAUGUUUUGUCAUCUCGGUUCUUGUUUUAUCUUUUAAAAUGAAUGUGGUCCAUUUAAAUGCAGUCAACUUCUGGGAACAUUGUCAGAUUCAUGUGACCAGUUGAUGUGCAGCCUCAACAAAUGUACUUUUCUACUGGGAAUGAUGGUACGACGUGGCGGAAUCCUGGGAUUAUAGUUUUAAAGUUCAUCACAGCCGCUCAGUUCCCGUUCACAGAGCUGACCUGUUCACUCAGUACAAUGUUCUGUCACGUCACCUCUUCCCUGUAUGAGCUCCUCACGUUCAUCUCUUUGUGUUGAGACCUUAGUGGGCCACAUGACUUGUAACAUUCCAUAUGAUGUGGUACACAUCUCCAGUGUUCCUGCUCCACUUCACACAAAUAAAGCUUAUGUCUCUGUUCACCCCCACCUCUCAUUAAAUCACACUAAUGCCGGAUUUAAAUAUUUAACCUGUCGGAAAAUCCCAUAAUAUACAUAAAGUCAUUUCACUCCUUUAACACAUGGCUA